CGGAAGAGGCGGAGACAUCAUCCAUGUUUUUAUGUCGAUGGUCAGCUUCCAUCUUCUAGAAAAACAUCGGUUUUGAGAGAAACAACAGCCAUGGGAGCUGUUCUGGGUCUGUGCUCCAUGGCGAGCUGGAUCCCGUGCCUGUGUGGCAGCGCCCCCUGCCUUCUGUGUCGGUGCUGUCCCAGUGGAAACAACUCCACUGUGACUCGGCUCAUCUACGCCUGCUUCCUGCUGCUGGGGGUGGCGGUGGCCUGCGUCAUGUUGAUGCCCGGCAUGGAGGGACAGCUGAAGAAGAUCCCAGGUUUCUGCGAGGGUGGGAUUGGAUCGUCUAUUCCUGGUGUGGAGGGUCACGUGAACUGUGACGUGCUGGUUGGCUACAAGGCUGUGUACCGGGUGUGUUUUGGCAUGGCCAUGUUCUUCCUACUAUUCUCCCUGAUCAUGAUCAAAGUGAAAAGCAGCCAGGACCCCCGAGCCUCCUUACACAACGGGUUUUGGUUCUUUAAGUUUGCUGCAGCUGUUGCCAUCACCAUUGGAUCAUUUUUUAUUUCAGAGGGACCCUUCACCACCGUGUGGUUCUAUGUUGGAAUGGCUGGAGCGUUCUGCUUCAUCCUUAUCCAGCUGGUUCUACUCAUCGACUUUGCCCAUUCCUGGAACGAGUCGUGGGUGGAGAAGAUGGAGGAGGGAAAUUCUCGCUGUUGGUAUGCAGCUCUUCUAUCAGUGACCGCACUGAACUACCUGUUGUCUCUGGUGUCUCUGGUCUUAUUCUACAUUUACUACACCCACACUGAUGGGUGCACUGAGAACAAGGUGUUCAUCAGCAUCAACCUGCUCCUCUGCAUCGCAGCCUCCGUGUUGUCCAUCCUUCCACAAAUUCAGGAGUCUCAGCCUCGGUCCGGUCUGUUACAGUCCUCCCUUGUUACCCUUUACACCAUGUACCUGACCUGGUCUGCAAUGACUAAUGAGCCCGACAGGAAAUGCAACCCGAGCCUUCUGGGUAUUAUCGGACUGAACAGCACCACUCCUGCAGGUCAGGACCAUGUGGUUCAGUGGUGGGAUGCCCAAGGAAUUGUGGGAUUGAUCCUUUUUCUUAUGUGUGUGCUAUACUCCAGUAUUCGCAAUUCGUCCAAUACCCAGGUAAACAAACUGACUCUGACCACCGAUGAGUCUGCUCUGAUUGAGGACGGGUCUCAGACAGACAACUUUGAGGGGGACAGCGGUGUCAAUAGAGCUGUGGACAAUGAGAAAGACGGUGUCACGUAUUCUUACUCGUUUUUCCACUUCAUGCUGUUCCUGGCUUCACUUUACAUCAUGAUGACUCUCACCAACUGGUACUGCCCCGACUCUACCUAUGAGGCCAUGACCAGCAAGUGGCCUUCUGUCUGGGUGAAGAUCUUCUCCAGCUGGAUCUGCAUCUGUCUCUACGUGUGGACCCUGGUGGCCCCUCUGGUCUUGGUCAACAGGGACUUUGACUGAAACACUACAGUCCAAACUCAUGCUUUGUUUCAUUAAAGUCAUUGCAACAGUAGGUAGCUAACCUUCCAUCGCUAACUGUGGUUGGAGUAACAAAGAUAGGAGUUUUUAGUAGUCCUGGCUUGUUUGUGCAGUCUGGGUGAUAAAUAUGAAGCCAGUUUGCAUGUUUUACUUUCUGCUCUAACCGUAGUCCAAACGCUUCCUACGUGCUGUUCUUGUUUACCUCAGCACCCCGUUGGACCGCUUCAUUGUACUGAUCCAGGUGUAAAUAUAUUGUGAAUGGUGUUCCAUACUCUCCCGGAAAUGAGCAUGCAUUUCCAUAAAUAGUAUAUGACAGCAGUCUUUGUCUUCAGCUUAGUGUUUUGUGAAAAUCCAUGUUGUGAGUCGACUACAGACGUGCUCCACCUCCGGGCAGAAGCAGCUCUCUCUAGUGUUGCUGGCUGUUUUUCAGCACAAAAGGCUCUGAUUAGUAUUUUCCCUGUGUGUGAAAAUGAAAUGCACAGCCCAAGACAUUUAGUGACAUUAUUGUAUUUUAGCAUGCAUGUAGUUGAGCAGAUUUUUAUCUUUUUGGUUUUUUUUUAUCAAAUGAUGUGCUAACUUAAAUAAAGAAUUCAUCAAAUGA